AUGCUAUACGAUGCGGAGGACCAUUCACUAUUCCUCACUCCACGUGUAUGUUACUUUUCAGCGGCGAAAGGAGGAGCGUCGCGGCAUAUGAUGGUAAAUGGAAGCAGUCAAAGGAUGGCCAUCAAAAUCAAGUGCAGCAACAAUGAGAUAUUUCGAGUUUCACCAGUAUACUGUCUGUUAGAACCGGGAGGCUCACAGCGAUUACAGGUUUCCUUUUUCCAAAUAUCUCUUUACUAA